GCCAGACACUCAAGCUUGCCACCACAACCUGCUGUCUCAGGCAACAUGCUCCCAGGAGUCAUUGCUCAUCUGGAGAUGGCUAAGGUUGUUCUGAGAAGGACACGACGUGAACCUGAGACUGUUUCGAUUCACGGGUGCUUUGCCUUACCGAUACCAGUACGGGCAACAACUAUCCCUCUCUGCGUUAUCUUGCGAGAGUCGGACUUCCUUUCUACGCCAUCGGGUCUGCUUAGCUCAAGAUUAUUAGAUGCGUCAUUACAGGGAAGCUUCCAUGUGCAGGCGUUCUAGGUUGCAUCGAGCAGAAGCAGCAUCUACGUCAAUACCAGUGGAAAAUGGCACGGACAAAGGACUCCGACUCCCUCCCCAAACUCUUUAUUAUCAGGCUCUUACUCGUCGUGAGUAUCUACGACAUCUGGAACUGGG